AUGCCUCACCAGUACCCAGCUCUGACCACAGAGCAGAAGAAGGAGCUGCAGGAGAUAGCAGAGAGGAUCACGGCUCCGGGGAAAGGAAUCCUGGCUGCAGAUGAGUCCACCGGCAGCAUGGGUAAGCGUCUCAACCCCAUCGGGGUAGAGAACACAGAGGAGAACCGUCGUCUGUAUCGCCAGCUGCUGUUCACGGCUGAUGAGAGAAUGGAUGCUUGUAUUGGUGGAGUAAUCUUCUUCCACGAGACUCUCUACCAGAACGCUGAUGACGGGACCAACUUCUCCCAGCUCAUCAAGGACAGGGGGAUUGUAGUGGGCAUCAAGGUGGAUAAAGGUGUUGUCCCACUGGCCGGAACCGAUGGAGAGACCACAACCCAGGGUCUGGAUGGCCUGGCAGAGCGUUGUGCUCAGUAUAAGAAGGAUGGAGCAGACUUCGCUAAGUGGCGUAGCGUCCUGAAGAUCAGCGACAACACCCCCUCAGAACUCGCCAUCAUGGAGAACGCCAACGUACUGGCACGCUACGCCAGCAUCUGUCAACAGAACGGCAUCGUUCCCAUUGUGGAGCCUGAGAUCCUUCCUGACGGAGACCAUGACCUGAAACGUUGUCAGUACAUCACUGAGAAGGUUCUGUCUGCGGUGUACAAGGCCCUAUCAGACCACCACGUCUAUCUGGAGGGGACCCUGCUGAAGCCCAACAUGGUGACUCCCGGACACUCCUGCCCCCAAAAAUACACUAACGAGGAGAUCGCCAUGGCUACGGUCACUGCCCUCCGCCGCACCGUACCCCCUGCCGUCACAGGUGUGACGUUCCUGUCAGGGGGCCAGUCAGAGGAGGAGGCCAGUAUUAACCUGAAUGCUAUCAACACCUGUCCUCUGGGUAAACCCUGGGCCUUGACCUUCUCCUAUGGUCGUGCCCUGCAGGCCUCAGCCCUCAAUGCCUGGAGAGGAGAGAGAGACAACGAGAAGGCUGCUGCCGAGGAGUUCCUUAAACGGGCUGAGGUGAACGGUCUGGCUGCCCAGGGGAAGUAUGAGUCAACAGGAGACAGCGGAGCGGCGGGGCAGUCUCUCUACGUGGCCAAUCACGCGUACUGAACACCCCAGGCCACGCCUACAUCACAACCCACCGCUGCAGCCCCUCCCCUCACCCACCAACCACAGACCUGCGUUGUCUAUCGUAUUUUAGAAACAUCAUCGUUGUCGUGGCAACAUAACGAUGUGGUUAAUAUGAGUAUUAAUUAGUAUGGGGAGUUGAUGAUGAAGAGGAUGCUGAAGGGAGAGAGGGCGGUAUCAUGAAGAAGCUUUAUUAAGUCCCAAAUGGAGUCCUAUUCCCUAUAUAG